CUGUCCAGCCAUCCAGUCGAGGGUCGCACCUGGGGUCACCUGAGAUCCCCAGGCCGAGCCGGGCGCCUAAGGAGGUUCUUUUUUCCCCACCAGGAGGCGCCCGCGGGGCGUGCUGGAGUGCGAAUUUGGGCGAGGGCGCAGAUUGGGGUCUCUUAAGGGCAGGGAGAGUGGAGCGGAGGUAAAGGUUUGGGGUGCCCGUCACCCGCCUCCCCAGUACCUUCUCCGGGACAUCUUGGGGACUUGGCGGCCCUUAGGAGGGAUGAGAGUUGUUUGCGGCUGGCCUCUGUGGAAGAGGCUGGCCUCCCAAGCCAGCCCUCCAUCCCCGCUGCAGGGGCAGCAGCAGCUAGUGAGAACACUGUCUCAGGAGUCAGGAGGUCAAAGGUCCCAUCUCAGACUUGGGGGAGGUCACUAGAUGAAAAGGAAGUAACUGUGGCUUAUGAAGAAGCAUGUCUCAGAGACAGGCCGGCACCAGGUGGUUUACAUACCUGGUGGCAUGUAAUCCUCUUCACCUCUCUGAGACAUAGGUAGGUAAAGCCCCAUUUCAGAUGAGGAAAGUGACUCAGAGAUGUCAAGGAAUUUGUCUAUAAUCACACAGCUAGUCAAAGACAAAGUCUGAUUGGUCCCCAGGCUGUGCCCCAUGACCUGGCCACCGGUACUCCCUCAGGGUGCAGGAGAAUAGGACUCGUGAGCUUGGGUGUGAGAGUACUGUGUGACCCGAGAGGACCGUCCAGCCCAGGUGCUGUAUUGGAGCCGCUGUUGGGAGAAUAAUGACGGGGAACAGAAGGGCAAGGCUGCCCAGGAAACCCGCAUGAAUCUGGGGCAGAAUGCGGGGGUCCUGACUGCCAGUCUUGCCUUCUCCUUGGCGCUGCCCCUCCUCUCACUCACUCGACCUGCACUUAUUGGGUGCUGUGCUCUGAGCACUGUGCCUGCAUGCGUGCAUUCCACAAACAUUUCUGGAGGGCCUGUAGUGUGCUCUGCCCUGGGGCUCCCGCCCUGGGAGAGCUGAGGCACCAGCAGGGAGGCCAGACCAUGAAUCGGAGGGACAAGGCCCUGGAAGGAGGGACAUGUGAGAUGCUGGGGAGCCGGCGAGGGCCCUGGCUGCCCAGACUGGAGCGGCGAACGGGAGAGGCAGGUGGGGGCCGUGUCCUCCAGGCCCCUCCUUGUAGAGUUGUGGACUUGUCUACAGGGCAGCAGGAGCCCCAGAAAGGGCUCAGGCAGAGCCUGACGGAGGACGAGGACGUGCGCGCCAUGCUGCGGGGCUCCCGGCUGCGCAAGAUCCGCUCGCGCACGUGGCAGCAGGAGCGGCUGUACCGGCUGCAGGAGGACGGCCUGAGCGUGUGGUUCCAGCGGCGCAUCCCGCGCGCGCCGUCCAAGCACAUCUUCUUCCUGCAGCACAUCGAGGACGUCCGCGAGGGCCACCAAUCCGAGGGCCUGCGGCGCUUCGGGGCCGCCUUCGCGCCGGCGCGCUGCCUCACCAUCGCCUUCAAGGGCCGCCGCAAGAACCUGGACCUGGCGGCGCCCACGGCCGAGGAGGCGCAGCGCUGGGUGCGCGGCCUGGCCAAGCUGCGCGCGCGCCUCGACGCCAUGAGCCAGCGCGAGCGGCUCGACCAUUGGAUCCACUCCUAUCUGCACCGGGCAGACUCCAACCAGGACAGUAAGAUGAGCUUCAAGGAGAUGAAGAGCCUGCUCAGAAUGGUCAACGUGGACAUGAAUGACAUGUACGCCUACCGCCUCUUCAAGGAGUGUGACCGGUCCAACAAUGAGCGGCUGGAGGGCGCUGAGAUCGAGGAGUUCCUGCGGCGGCUGCUGAAGCGCCCAGAGCUGGAGGAGAUCUUCCAUCGGUACUCGGGCGAGGACCGCGUGCUGAGCGCCCCUGAGCUGCUGGAGUUCCUGGAGGACCAGGGCGAGGACAGCGCCACAUUGGACCGCGCCCAGCAGCUCAUCCAGACCUAUGAGCUCAACGAGACAGCCAAGCAGCACGAGCUGAUGACACUGGAUGGCUUCAUGAUGUACCUGCUGUCACCUGAGGGGGCUGCCCUGGACAUGGCCCACACGCACGUGUUCCAGGACAUGAGCCAGCCCCUUGCCCACUACUUCAUCUCCUCCUCCCACAACACCUACCUGACCGACUCGCAGAUCGGGGGGCCCAGCAGCACCGAGGCCUACGUCAGGGCCUUUGCCCAGGGAUGCCGCUGCGUGGAGCUGGACUGCUGGGAGGGGCCUGGGGGUGAGCCCAUCAUCUACCACGGCCACACCCUCACCUCCAAGAUUCUCUUCCGGGAUGUGGUCCAAGCUGUGCGUGACCACGCCUUCACGCUAUCCCCAUACCCUGUCAUCCUAUCCCUGGAGAACCACUGCGGACUGGAGCAGCAGGCUGUCAUGGCCCGCCACCUCCGCACCAUCCUGGGGGACAUGCUGGUGACACAGGUGCUGGACUCCCAGAACCCUGAGGAGCUGCCAUCUCCAGAGCAGCUGAAAGGCCGGGUCCUAGUGAAGGGGAAGAAGCUGCCGGCUGCUCGCAGUGAGGAUGGCCGGUCUUUAUCAGAUCGGGAAGAGGAGGAGGAAGAAGAGGAGGAAGAAGAGGAGGAGGAGGCUGCAGAGCAGAGGCGGCUGGCCAAACAGAUCUCCCCGGAGCUGUCAGCCCUGGCCGUGUACUGCUGCGCCAGCCGCCUGCGGACCCUGCACCCAGUCCCUGGCCCUGCCCAGCCCUGCCAGGUCAGCUCCCUCAGUGAGCGCAAGGCCAAGAAGCUCAUUCGGGAGGCAGGGAACAGCUUUGUCAGGCACAACACCCACCAGCUGACCCGUGUGUACCCGCUGGGGCUGCGGAUGAACUCGGCCAACUACAGCCCCCAGGAGAUGUGGAACUCGGGCUGCCAGCUGGUGGCCCUAAACUUCCAGACGCCAGGCUACGAGAUGGACCUCAAUGCUGGGCGCUUCCUCAUCAACGGGCAGUGCGGCUACGUCCUGAAACCUGCCUGCCUGCGGCAGCCCGACACAACCUUUGACCCUGAGUGCCCUGGACUCCCUAGAACCACUGUCACCAUCCAGGUGCUGACCGCACAGCAGCUGCCCAAGCUGAACGCCGAGAAGCCACACUCCAUCGUGGAUCCCCUGGUGCGCAUUGAGAUCCAUGGGGUGCCUGCAGACUGUGCCCGAAAGGAGACCAACUACGUGCUCAACAAUGGCUUCAACCCCCGCUGGGGGCAGACCCUGCAGUUCCAGCUGCGUGCUCCAGAGCUGGCGCUGGUCCGGUUCGUGGUAGAAGAUUAUGAUACCACCUCCCCCAAUGACUUUGUGGGCCAGUUCACGCUGCCUCUCAACAGCCUGAAGCAAGGGUACCGGCACAUCCACCUGCUUUCCAAGGACGGGGCCUCACUGUCACCAGCCACACUCUUCAUCCACAUCCGAAUCCAGAGCUCCUGAAGGCCCCACUGACGCACCUUGGGGGUCUGCAGAUGCCAGUCUGUGUCCCCUGCAGAGCCUUCACCCCCUCUGGAGUGGCGGGGUGGUGGGAAUGCCAGCCACCACCCCUAGCCUGCCUACUGGGCCCGCUCACCUGGUGCUGGGUUCACCUGGGUGCUGAGGGCUUCCUGGGUCCCUCCUGAAGGACAGGUGUGAUCUGUUCCCUGCAGAGCUGCUCCUGUGACUUCAGUGAGCUCCAGCCCUGGGGCUCUGAGACAGCCCCAGCUCCUCUUGUCCUCAGCCCUCCUCCUCACCUGGGCUAAUGAAGAGCCAGGCCUGUUGCUGCCAGGAGACUCGGGGAGCAGGACACCUGAGGGCCCCAGCCCCUCUCUGCCUGACAGCAGGGCCAUCCCCGCCUCCUUCCCCCAGAGGAGCACAGCUGUACCCUUGCCCCCAACCUGAGCCUCCUUUCCUCCCAGGCUUUCCUGGACUCCUCCCCCCGCUCUAGAACCUGAACUCCCCUUCCCUUCCCAAAGCAAGAAGGGAGAACCCACGCUUGGAGCCCUGGGGAACCUGGCAGUAGGUUUUUAACUUGUGUCCUACAAGAGCCCUGGAGAACAGUAGAAGGAGACUAUCUAUUUUAAAAAAUAAAGCCAGGCAUGGUGGAAAGCCCUAUAAUCCCAGCAACUCAGGAGGCUGGGUAGGCACUGACCAGAAGCGGCAGGAUCGCUUAAGCCCAGGAGUUCAAGUCCAGCCUGAGCAACAUAGUGAGACCCAACUCUGAAAAAAAAAAUAAAAGAAAUAAAAGAAACAAGUUUA